AUGGCUUAUGAAAAGUAUUUCUCUCCACUUAAGCAUGAAACCAACUCUCUGAUUGCUUCAGCAAAUCAGGAAGGAGAUAAACUUAGAUGGUUACUCCCAUUGAUUGUGAAGAGUACCCACAAAAUAGAAAAGCUGUCUUUCCGAUGAUUCUCAAUCUCGAUGAAGAAACUCAAAAGAAUCUUUGGUUCUUCAGACUCUGCCAAGUGUUUGAGUUUCGAACGUUGCAAUUUUGUAGAUACUACGAGCUUGAAGUCAAUUGAUCCUCCUACUGGGUGGAGGAAUAGAAGAAAAAUCACACAAGACAUUGAUGUCAAAAGAUGAACUUUCACAGGAACUCAAAGCAAAUUCAAUGAAAUGAUAGGGAAGUUUUACCCAGAAGCGAACAUCCAAAUUCUUAUGUAA